GAGUGGUGCAUUUCAAGGCAGCUCUGGUGGGGCCACCGCAUCCCGGCCUACAAGGUGGUGAAGCCCGCGCAGGCCGAGGAGAAGUGGUUCACGGGCCGCAGCGCCCAGGAGGCCGCAGCCAAGGCCGAGAAGGCUCUCGGCACCAAGGUGGAAGUGGAGCAGGACGAGGAUGUGUUGGACACCUGGUUUUCCUCAGGUCUCUUCCCCUUCUCCGUCUUUGGCUGGCCCGACACCGAGAACAACGAGGACUUCAAGGCUUUCUUCCCGACCUCGCUCUUAGAGACCGGUCACGACAUCCUCUUCUUCUGG